AUACAAUAUACAUUUACAUAUAUAUAUAUAUCCCUGAAAAAUGGAAGCGGCAAGGUGGCUGGCCGCGGCGGCGGUGGUCGCCGCCGUGUGGGUGGCGGCGAAAUCGGAGCCGCAGAUCAAUCUGCUGAACAGAGGAUGCAGCCAGUAUAACGCUACGAAUUCGAAGAACUUCUUCGAGAACCGGAACGCCACGUUUGCAGCCAUGGCGGCCCAGCUUUCGACCGGCGGAGGGAGACGGUUCGCCACCGCACAGCAGGCGAGGUCGUCGGACCCGGUUUACGGGAUGGCACAGUGCAGGAACUACCUGUCUGACGACGACUGCUUCGCUUGCUACACCGCCGCCGUCGCCGAGAUUCGCAGCUGCUCCGCCGCCAAUGGCGCUCGCGUUAUCUACGACGGCUGUUUUCUAAGGUACGAGAGCAACAAUUUUUAUAGUGAGACAACACAAAUCGGAAAUGAACAUAUUUGCAACAAUAUUACCGUGCCUCAAGAAGCAACAUUCAGAGAAAAGGGUCUUAUAUUGAUACAAAAUCUUGUAAAGGCGACUCCGAGGAUUAAUGGCUACUUCGCUGCAACUAAAAUGAUAGUUGAAAGUGGUUCAAACUCAACCAUUUAUGGGAUAGCACAAUGUGUUGAAACAAUAAGUCAAGAUGGCUGUCGAGAUUGCUUAGUUGUCGCGAUUGAGAACAUUGAGAGUUGCUUGCCCAAUACCGAUGGAAAAACUAUCGAUGCCGGCUGCUUUCUUCGAUAUUCAAAUCAUCAAUUUUUCCCGGAAAAUAGCACAAUGGAUAUCACACCUUACUUAGGAGAAGGGAAUUCAUGGAGGAAAAAAGCAAUUAUUGGGGGUGUUGUGGGAGGUGUAUGUCUUAUGCUAAUUUUAUCAGCUUUCUUCUUAUGGUAUAAAUUUUCAAGAAAGGCUAAGCCCACGUCUAAAAGAGAUAAUAUAUUGGGUGCAACCGAGUUACAAGGCCCAAAUAUUUAUAGUUACAAGGAUUUGAAAGUUGCAACAAAUAAUUUUAGUGAGGAAAACAAACUUGGAGAAGGAGGCUUUGGCGAUGUAUUUAAGGCCACACUUAAGAACGGGACAAUUGUUGCAGUUAAGAGACUCGAUAUAAGCUACAGUAGAGCAAAGAUAGACUUCGAGAGUGAAGUAAGGCUUGUCAGCAAUGUCCAUCAUCGCAACCUCGUACGCCUCUUAGGAUGUUGUAGCAAAGGAUCCCAACUACUUCUCGUUUACGAGUACAUGGCAAACGGAAGCCUUGAUAGAUUCCUAUAUGGCGAUAGAAGAGGGGAACUUACAUGGAAACAACGCUCCGACAUACUACUAGGCACGGCAAGAGGCCUAGCGUAUCUACACGAACAAUACCAUGUAUGCAUUAUACAUAGGGAUAUAAAGCCGAGCAAUAUUCUACUAGACGACGAUUUUCAUGCCAAAAUCGCCGAUUUUGGAUUGGCACGGCUUCUACCAGAGAACCAAAGCCAUGUUAGCACAAAGUUUGCCGGGACAUUGGGUUACACGGCGCCCGAAUAUGCAAUUCACGGGCAUUUAUCCGAGAAAGUUGACACCUAUAGCUUUGGCGUAGUCAUUCUCGAAAUCAUUAGUGGUCGGAGGAGCAGCGAUAGGAACUCUGAAAUCGAAACUGAAUAUUUACUCGAUGAGGCUUGGAAGUUGUACGAGAAUGGGGUGCAUCAACAGCUAGUAGACGAGACACUGAACAAGACCGAAUACGCUGCCGAGGAUGUAAAGAAAAUGGUGGAGAUAGCGCUGAUUUGCACACAAUCACCGCCUUCGUCGAGGCCAACAAUGUCUGAAAUCUUGGUGACACUUCUAAGUGCAAGAGGUAGCGAUGCUAUCCAAGUGAAUCCGCGACUACGACCUCCUUCGACCAAUGCUAGCCGGUUUAUCAGCGAGGCUGCAUCAUCUAACAAUUCGGCGCCCUUGCCCAACUCCACCUCCAUUACCCUCUUGUCGGGACGUUAAGUAACGUUACCUAAUUAAUUCGAAACUAGUCUUUACAUUUAAAUGAUCGACUACUCUACUUCUUCCUAAUUAUGAAUAAUGGAUUUAUUCAAAUAAUAUUGCAAGUGAAAAAUAUUGUUAAAUCAA